AUGUGAACACUAUCAUCGUGGGUCUGAUGAUGGCAGUGAGCGCAGUCGUCGCGGGGGCACUGGUGGACACGGCUGGCAGGAAAAUCCUUCUCAUCAUCUCCGCCGCCGCCAUGACAAUCUCACUAAAGUAACAAAGAACCAGUGAGGACCUGACAGACAUACUGUCAUCAUGGACGACAUUGGAAAGUCGACAUCGGAGUUGCCUUCACACUUGACUCAGUACAUUGCCGCCCUCUCAGUCUCUCUGGGAGGAUUCAGUUUCAGCACCAGUUUAGCCUACACCUCCUCCGCCAGCCACCAACUCAUGAACAAUUCCACCAACUCUUCUCUGGUUAUCACGACGGAUCAAAACAAUUGGUUCUCCUCCACCAUCAACCUUGGAGGUAUCAUAGGGGGGCUCUUGGGUGGGGUGUGUGUCAACACCCUGGGAAGGAGAGGCGCGAUGCUGGCUUCUGUGUUGCCCUUCGUGGGAGCCUGGGUGUUUAUAUCCUUCGCCCAGAACUUCGCCAUGUUGAUGUGUGGAAGAUUUAUUUCUGGUGUGUGUGCUGGGGUCACCUGCAUCGCUGUGCCCACGUACAUAGGGGAGAUCUCUUCGCCAGACAUCAGAGGAACAUUAGGUAUGGGCUUGCCGGUGAUGGUUGCUUUUGGCAUAGAGUACUCCUAUAUUUUCGGUGCUAUUAUGACCAGCUGGAGGAGUCUGGCUCUGGUCUCUGCCAUCCCUCCUGUCAUAUAUUUCAUCUUGGUCUUCUUCACCAAGGAAUCUCCGACUUAUCUUCUCUCCAAAGGGAAAGAAGAAGAAGCCAAAGAAGCGCUGCAGUACUUCAGGGGUAAACAUUACGACGUGGAACCAGAGAUGAACGUGAUGAGACAAACGCAGGAGGAAGCUCGACAGAACACAGUGUCCAUGGACGAACUUAAAAAGCCUUACAUCGUCAAGCCUCUCGUGAUCUCCUGCAUCCUCAUGGUCUUACAGCAGCUGUCGGGUGCUAUUCCUGUAUUAUUUAACAUGUCUUUAAUAUUCAAGGUGAGGCUUUGUUUAUUCCCUCCACCAGCGGCUCUUGAUGUCUUUUUCUACCAGAAGUUUCUAGAUGAGGAUAGAGCGAUAGAGAACUUAAGUUGGCUGCCGCUGAUUUGCCUCAUCGUCUUCGUAACAGCGUUCGCAAUAGGCCUUAGCCCCGUCCCCUGGGUUAUGACGGGUGAACUGUUCUCGCUCAACGUGCGUGGUCCAGCCAACGGUGUAGCCUCCAUGGUCAACUGGACGAUGUCAUUCGUUGUCAGUCUCGCCUUCCAGCCUUUACAGGCAGCAAUUGGACCUUACGGCAUCUUUUGGUUUUUCGCUGCCUGCUGCGCCAUCAGCAUCAUCUUCUGUAUUCUGGUGGUGCCGGAGACGAAGGGCAAGACACUACAGGAGAUAACCAGACAAUUAGGAGGUCCAGACACCACGGAGGUCACGCUGAAAAAACAGGAAGAAAUAAGUCGAUUUUAAAAGUUCCUUCGGCCCAUCAUCACCACACCUUAAGCAUUUGACGUGCAGCUGCGUCGGAAUGAGGUGUUCCCACCCAGGUUCCUCCGCCCUAGAGUGUACAUAUUCAUAUUCUGUUACAUCAAAUGUUUUUAAACUUAUAAUCAGGGUUUUGUUACACAUACAACUAGGACCGGUUCCAAAUAGGCAGACAUACGGCUGAUUAUAACCAUAAUCUUGUUAUGGUAAUUUAUUACAAUUAAUAUGGUUUAUUUGUAACCAUAAUUGUAAUCAAGAUAAUUUUUAUCUAUUAAUUCACAAUCUUAUCAUCUUUAUGAUAACAUUGCAAAUAAUAAAUACAAUCAAACAUUUUAA